CCCGCCGGGACCGUUAAAGGGCCGCCGAGCGAGGCUCGCGUCCCGCGGGCUUCCCGCUUUCAGGGCGCUGUUGGUGCCAUGAGGUGGCUGUGGCUUUUUCUGCAGGUCCUCGCCCUCGACGGCGCGCACGGAGUUAGAAGGCCGCGGGCGCGCGUCUAUCCCAAAAUUACGAACAGGACCUUCAUAAAUCAGUACCUCGAAGCCCACAACAGACUCCGCUCCCAGGUUGACCCUCCCGCCUCGGACAUGUUUUACGUGACAUGGGAUAUAGCUUUAGCUAGAACAGCUAGAGCAUGGGGAAAGAGAUGCAUUUUUGAACAUAACCCAUUCAGGAUGAAAAAAGGAGGUGGCCAUCCUGAGUCUAAAUUUCAGCCUCCAGGAGAAAACCUGUGGUUCGGAAGUGCACGUAGACGGCCAUUUAAUGCUACAGAUGCUGUAAAUAAAUGGUACUCAGAGGUAGAAUCCUACAGUUACCACAACAACUCAUGUACACAACUAUGCAGUCAAUAUAAUCAGGUUAUUUGGGCUGCUACUUAUAAGGUUGGAUGUUCUGUUGUCUUCUGUAGCAAAUUUGGCCGGCACAGAAAUAUUGAGUAUUUUGUGUGCAAUUAUGGUCCACGUGGCAAGUACCCACUGAAACCAUAUAAAGCAGGACCAUCAUGUAGUGCAUGCCCAGAAGGAGAUACUUGUGAAAAUAAUCUUUGUAGAAAUCCUGAACGGGAGAAAGAAAACAGUGCCCGGUCUGCCCGAUGGUAUCCACCUUGGGGACACUGGAUUAUAUGUGAUGACUCCUGUAUUGCUGUUGCACUUUUAAGGCCAUCAUUAAUGUUUAUUGUAUUUGCAGCUGUUUGCUAUUUACAACGUUAUCAAUAUUUAAGUUGGCAAGAAUGAACUGUUUGAAAUACCUAUAGCACAAACGUUGACCAGUAGCUCAUAUUUACAUGUAUUUUAACAUUAACAUUUUCCUAUUUUACUUAUUUCUUAUAAUACAUGCAACUUUGUAAAGGUAUAAAAAGUCAGUUGUCCUAUUUAGUGAGUUGGUAAUAUUUUUAAAUCAAAGAAAAAACAUUUAAUAUCAUAUUGGACAGGUUAAACACUACAGUACUAAGACUUUUCAAGGAUCCUGUACCAUUAAAUUACGCAGCUCCACUUUUACAGGUUCAGUAUUAUUCAUU